AACACCGACUGCGACUAGCUCUACCUACGAUUGAUCGGCCUAUAUAUAAGAGCUUCUUUAUCUCUAAACUUCUUAUCCAUUCCACUUGAAUUCUGAUAUCCUCAAGAUUCUUCAGUCGUUCGCUUAAUCCGCACCGGGACGAGGCCACCCUCCAGGAUCCCUGGAUCGGAUCUGGAGACCCUGACCUCUGGUGGCUCUUCGUUACUCCUAUUUCUCUCCUUCCGCUUUACUCCUACUAGACGCAUGCCCCCGCCAGCGACAUGGACAGGCACAAGGCCUUGAUGAGCGGCUACCCAGCCUAUCCCCGCGGCCAGAGCAGCUACCGAUUUCAACCACGUCCACAAACAGCCCUGCGACGACGAAGACAGCUAAUCAACCGACUCAUCCUCCUCGGCGGCAUAUCCCUGUUCAUAUCUAUCCUGAUAUUUCCCUCAUGGCGAGCCGCGAUCCUCCCCACAUUAACACUUGGCCUCCUCUCCUCCGGCGAAGUCUUUCAGCUCGAGACCGUUCGACACUAUGAUCUUUCUGCGGUGCAGGGAUCGGGAAGUGGUUGGGAGCAUGGGGAGCGGGUGCUGAUGUGCACGCCACUCAGAGACGCCACUGCGCACCUGCCCAUGUUCUUCUCGCAUCUGCGAAAUUUCACCUACCCGCAUAACCUAAUCGACCUGGCGUUUCUGGUUUCGGAUUCGAAAGACGGGACACUUGAUAUGUUGUCGAAGAUGUUGGAGGAAAUACAGACAGAUCCGGAUCCGGGGAUGACGUUUGGUGAGAUCUCGGUGAUUCAGAAGGAUUUCGGACAGCUGGUGACGCAGGACUUUGAGAGUCGACAUGGGUUUGCCGCACAGGCUGGGAGGAGGAAGAGGAUGGGGCAGGCGAGGAAUUGGUUGUUGACUGCUACUUUGCGGCCGACGCAUAGCUGGGUUUACUGGAGGGAUGCGGAUGUGGAGACUGCGCCGGCUACGAUUAUUGAGGAUCUUAUGAGGCAUGAUAAGGAUGUUAUUGUUCCUAAUGUUUGGCGACCUCUGCCUGACUGGCUGGGCGGAGAGCAGCCGUAUGAUUUGAAUUCCUGGCAGGAAUCGGAGACGGCGCUGGCUCUGGCUGAGUCGUUAGAUGAGGAUGCAGUCAUUGUGGAGGGAUAUGCCGAGUAUGCCACAUGGCGGCCUCACCUCGCCUAUCUGCGCGACCCUUUUGGCGACCCUGAAAUGGAGAUGGACCUCGAUGGCAUUGGCGGUGUCAGUAUCCUGGCCAAGGCAAGGGUAUUCCGCGCGGGUGCCCAUUUCCCGGCAUUUAGCUUCGAGAAACAUGCCGAGACAGAAGCAUUUGGCAAGAUGGCCCGCCAAAUGGGCUUCUCAGUCGUCGGACUCCCGCACUACACCAUCUGGCAUCUGUACGAACCAAGCGUCGACGACCUCAAACACAUGGAAGAAAUGACCCUCAAGCAAGAACAGCUCGAGAAAGAAAAGGAAGAAGAGGCUAGACAAAACGAGCGUGUGAACGCGAUAUUCCAGGAUUCCAAGUCGCAAUGGGAAGCUGACGGCGCGGCUGUCCAAGAUGCGGUGAUAAAGGAGAAAAAGCAGGACUCGAAUUCGAAUAAUGUUGAGGCUCAGAAGGGUUCUGAAGAGGGUCCUGCUGCUAGCCCGGUGAAGGAGAGCACUGGUGCUAAAAAGCAGUGAGCGACUAAUCCGGGGCAAAGAUGCUCCAGCAGGUUAGACGUCUUCAUCUGAGCUCGUUUCAUUGUCGAUGUCCUAUGAAUAAUUCUAUGGUUAUGAGUUAUGUUCCUAUAGGGAUAGAUCAUUGUUAUUGUGUUUCGUCUGGUGUUACUGUGUCAAGGUUCAAGGCAUUAUUUCACUAUAUAUAUUCUUACUUAUCCUUGUAUAACUAGAGUCAUUGUUCAAACGGAAUGGAAAUCUGAAGUUAUC